CAGCACCAUGCCAACCCUGCUGCCAACCUGGCACAAGAGGACCUGGACCAGACUCCUGCUCUUACUCGUCCUUCUUGUUAUCUUCAACCACCAGAAGGUGACAGGCUCGGUGCUUGAAAGUCUGAUAGCUCAACGGACCGAAUACUGGGAGAACUGCAACAGAACCCUGGCAACAGGGGUGCUCUCAAAAACUGGAAACUACUGUACAGGAGCGUUUGAUUCGUUUGUGUGUUGGCCCCAUUCGUCUCCUGGGAACGUGUCUGUCCCCUGUCCUUCUUACUUACCAUGGAUCACAGAGGACACCUCCAGGAGGGCACACCGAGAAUGCUUAGGAAACGGGAGAUGGCGACAGAGGGAGAAUUCCUCUGAGCCCUGGAGAGAUGACUCAGAAUGUCAGGAGGACCAGUACUUUAAAGACAAGGAGGAUGAAAUGCUUCGCCACACGGCCCUCAGGCUCAUCUCCGUCAUCGGCUAUUCUCUCUCCCUGACCUCCCUCAUGCUGGCCACUCUCCUGAUGGGCAUGCUGAGGAAGCUCCACUGUACCAGGAACUACAUCCACAUGAAUCUGUUUGUGUCAUUCAUCCUGCGAGCCAUGGCUGUCAUUUCUAAGGAAAUCAUAUUAUACAUCAUGUAUUCUAACCUACCCAAGGACGACCCUGGAUGGAACUCCUACUCAAGCUCUGCGACCGCGCUGAUGUGCAAAUUCUCCAAAGUGUGCAUGGAGUACUUCGUGGCCUGUAACUACUUCUGGCUCUUGGUGGAGGCCGUUUUCCUCCACACACUGCUCUUCACCGCUGUGCUGGCGAAGAGACGACUGCUCAAGAAAUACAUGCUGCUCGGCUGGGGAACUCCCAUCUUGUUCGUGACACCAUGGACAGUGGUCAAGAUUAUAUAUGAAAACACAGAAUGCUGGUCAAUCGUGAACAGAUGGUUCUGGUGGAUAAUAAGGGGCCCGAUUACUCUGUCGGUGCUUGUCAUUUUCUUCAUAUUCAUCAAGAUCCUGAUGCUGCUGCUGUCCAAGCUGAAGGCAGAUCAGGUGAAAUUUACAGACUACAGAUACAGCUUGGCCCGAGCAACACUGGUGCUGAUUCCUCUGCUGGGAAUCCAUGAAGUGGUCUUUACUGUGCUAAUAGAUGAAUGUGUGGAGGGCAGCAGUCGCUAUGCCAAGAACUUCAUCAACCUCACCCUCAGCUCUUUUCAGGGGUUCUUUGUUGCUGUGCUGUACUGUUUUGCUAAUGGAGAGGUCCAAGCUGAACUGAAGAAGCGCUGGCAGCUUUUUCUGUUCACCAACCACUUCCAGGUCAGGGGCUGUUUUCGGGGCGCACCUCUCAAGCACCUGUGGAAGUGCACUCGAGGGCACCGCCCCCAGUGCUCUCGGCAGAGUGACUCCUACGACGAGGGGCCCGCCUCCGCAGCUCACCCGCACCUGCUUCAGGUGGCUGUACAUGGAGGAAGUCGAGUGCUUGGACUCGGAGAGGUUAGAGGUCAAGGGCUCAAGGGCUGUGACGCUGCGGGACUGUCCAGUAGUGAUGGGGAGAUGACGCUCGGGGAGACCAUGGAGGAGAUCCUGGAGGAGAGCGAGUUCUGA